AUGGCUUCUAGUCGUUACCAUGUUCGAUCAAUUAGCUUACCUUCAAGGUCACAUCCAAGCACACUCAGGAUUGAACAAGAGCUCAAUAAAUUCAAAACAUUGGAUGCAUUAUCAAGGUCCUCAACUGGGUCCAUCUGCACUGGUUUAUCAGGACUUGAAGAGUUGUACCAACGCAUGGAUGAUCUUCUCAACAUGGGAUCAACCCAGCAAGUCCUUUCUCACAAUCAAAACGAGAAAUGCAUUGAAGAGUUGUUGGAUGGAUCUGUGAGGCUCUUAGAUGUCUGUGAGAUUACAAAGGACAUGUUGUUGCAGAUUAAGGAACAUGUCCAAGCCCUUCAGUCUGCUCUCAGAAGAAGAAAGGGAGACUCAAGCACUGAGACCACCAUCUCUACUUACAUUUCCUUCAGAAAGAAGAUGAAGAAGGAUUCCAAGAGACUUAUUGCAGCAUUGAAGCAGAUGGAAAACAAGCUUGGAGCAUCUCCAAUCUCGGAUCAAGAUCACCAUCUAUGUGCUGUCAUUCGGGUACUUCGAGAAGUAAACAUGACAAGUAUUUCCAUCUUCCAAUCCCUCAUGUUGUUCUUGUCGAUGCCAGUGUCAAAGCCAAGGCAAGGUAAAUGGUCUCUCGUCUCAAAGUUGAUGCACAAGGGGGUGAUAGCAUGUGAAGAAAAGCAAGAAAAUUUGAAUGAACUAGAAAUUGUCGAUGCUGCUAUGUGUGAAGGGCUCAAUAUUGAGAAGACGCAGAUUACAAACAAGAGAUUGAAAGCUCUAGAGACCAGCAUUCAAGAACUUGAGAAUGGCUUGGAGACUUUGUUCAGGCGCUUGAUCAAAGCAAGAGCUUCUGUUUUGAACAUAAUCUCCCAAUAGAGCAUUCUCAAGAAUAUCAUUGACU